CGACUCCUCCCCGCGCGGGCUGUUCCGCUGCCAGGCGCCUCUCCUCCCGCCGCAGAGCUCCGGACCCAAGAUGGCCGCCGUGUCAGUUUGGGUCUUCGCCGCCGUCCGGCCUCAGGCUCCUGGGCUCCGCCUCUCGUAGGCCUCGACUUGAAGUUCCAUUCACUUGGACUGGGGACAAAAGAGCUGGAGUGAGAUUUGCAGAGCAGUUCUCAUCUGUGGUACACUUACUCACUGACUGUUCUUGGGAUUUAUUGGAAAACAUGAAUUAGUCCCUAUCAGGAUUUAUGUCUUUUUAAACGGGACGUAGGUGCUAUUUGUCUUUUAAAAAAGAGCAGUUGGGGGCAAAAAACGUGUAUGCUAUGGUUAACUGGUCCCCAUCCUCAGAUCAUCUUUUUUCCCAUGGUGUGAAACUCCUUCAGCAUAGGGAUAAGGGAUAACGACUCUAUGGAUAUACAGAAUUCUUCACCAUGGUAAAACUCGCUAACCCGUUGUACACUGAGUGGAUUUUGGAAGCAAUUAAAAAGGUCAAAAAGCAAAAACAACGCCCUUCAGAAGAGAGGAUAUGCAAUGCUGUGUCUUCAUCCCAUGGUCUGGAUCGCAAAACUGUUCUGGAGCAGCUGGAACUGAGUGUCAAAGAUGGAACCAUUUUAAAAGUUUCUAACAAGGGACUUAAUUCCUAUAAGGAUCCUGAUAACCCUGGGCGAAUAGCACUUCCUAAACCACGAAACCAUGGAAAGCUGGAUGGUAAACCUAAUGUGGACUGGAAUAAACUGAUUAAACGGGCAAUUGAGGGCUUGGCAGAGUCCAGUGGUUCAUCCUUGAAGAAUAUUGAACGUUUCUUGAAAGGGCAGAAGGAUGUGUCAGCUUUAUUUGCAAGCAGUACCCCUUCUACCUUUCACCAGCAACUGCGAUUGGCUGUCAAACGUGCUGUUGGCCAUGGCCGACUUCUUAAAGAUGGACCUCUAUAUCAACUCAAUACUAAAGCCACCACAAACGCAGAUGGGAAAGAGAGCUGUGAAUCUCUUUCUUGUCUUCCUCCAGUAUCGCUCCUUCCACAUGAAAAAGAUAAGCCAGUUGCUGAACCAAUCCCAAUCUGCAGUUUCUGUCUUGGUACAAAAGAACAAAACCGAGAAAAGAAACCUGAGGAGCUUAUCUCUUGUGCUGACUGUGGCAAUAGUGGUCAUCCAUCCUGCUUGAAGUUCUCCCCAGAGUUGACAGUUCGGGUGAAGGCCUUACGAUGGCAGUGCAUUGAGUGCAAAACGUGCAGUUCCUGUCGAGAUCAGGGCAAAAAUGCUGAUAAUAUGCUAUUUUGUGAUUCGUGCGAUCGGGGCUUUCAUAUGGAGUGUUGUGACCCCCCUCUGACCAGGAUGCCUAAAGGCAUGUGGAUAUGUCAGAUAUGUCGACCACGUAAAAAAGGAAGAAAACUUCUACAUAAGAAAGCAGCACAGAUUAAACGGCGUUAUGCCAAUCCAAUAGGACGUCCCAAAAACCGAUUAAAGAACCAAAAUGCAGUAUCAAAAGCCCCCUUCAGCAAAGUUCCAACAGGACCUGGUCGAGGCCGUAAGCGCAAGACUCCCCUAUCCAAUCAGUCCACUUGCUCAUCGGAAGGAAGUUACCUGGAGCGAGUUGAUGGCUUGGAAUUCUGCCGAGAUGCCAGCACCUCUUUGAAGUUUAACAAGAAAACCAAAGGGCUUAUUGAUGGCCUUACCAAAUUCUUCACCCCCUCCCCUGAUGGGCGUAAGGCCCGAGGAGAAGUGGUGGACUACUCUCAGCAAUAUAGGAUCAGGAAAAAGGGCAAUAGGAAAUCGAGCACUUCAGACUGGCCCACAGACAAUCAGGAUGGCUGGGAUGGAAAACAAGAAAAUGAGGAAUGGCUUCUUGGAGGCCCAGACGUCAUGACUGAAAAAGAUAUGGAGCUGUUCAGAGACAUCCAAGAGCAAGCACUGCAGAAAGUAGGAGUGACAGGAGCCCCAGACCCACAAGUCCGCUGUCCAUCGGUCAUCGAAUUCGGGAAAUAUGAAAUCCACACCUGGUACUCCUCUCCGUACCCGCAAGAGUAUUCCAGGCUGCCUAAGUUGUACAUUUGUGAAUUCUGUCUCAAGUAUAUGAAAAGCAGGACUAUCUUACAGCAGCACAUGAAAAAAUGUGGUUGGUUCCAUCCCCCAGCCAAUGAAAUUUACAGGAAGAACCAUGUUUCAGUCUUUGAGGUGGAUGGCAACGUUAGCACCAUUUACUGCCAGAACUUGUGUCUGUUAGCAAAGCUCUUCCUGGACCAUAAGACACUCUAUUACGAUGUGGAGCCAUUUCUUUUCUAUGUGCUGACACAAAACGAUGUUAAGGGCUGCCACCUUGUUGGCUACUUCUCCAAGGAGAAGCACUGCCAGCAGAAGUACAACGUUUCCUGCAUAAUGAUUCUUCCCCAGUACCAGCGCAAGGGCUAUGGCAGGUUCCUCAUCGAUUUCAGUUAUCUUUUAUCAAAACGUGAAGGCCAAGCAGGAUCCCCAGAGAAGCCGCUAUCUGAUUUGGGUCGUCUGUCCUACAUGGCUUAUUGGAAAAGCGUAAUCUUGGAGUGCCUUUAUCACCAAAAUGACAAGCAGAUCAGCAUCAAGAAGCUAAGCAAACUAACUGGGAUCUGCCCUCAAGAUAUCACUUCAACUCUGCACCACCUGCGAAUGCUUGAUUUCCGCAAUGAUCAAUUUGUGAUAGUUCGUCGAGAGAAACUUAUUCAGGAGCAUAUGGCAAAACUGAAACAGAAUCUUCGGCCCGUAGUUGUGGAUCCAGAAUGUCUGCGCUGGACUCCUGUCAUUGUCUCAAACUCUGUGGUUUCGGAAGAGGAAGAAGAAGAUCCAGAAGAAGGGGAAAAUGAAGAGCCACUGCAGCCAAAGGAGAGAGACCUAGAGGUGAUGAAACCUCUUUGCUGGGAGAAAAGAGAGAGAGAGCCUUACUUUCCUCUAGAGAGUGAAAAAAAGCCAGAUGUCAUUGCUCCAGCCAAUUCUGUGCGGCCAAACAAGCAAAGUCUUCCCCUUGCUGGUCUUCCUGCAAAUAACCAGACAUCACGGAGGGGCCGAUGGAGUCGGAAGGGGAAGAAGCUUCGGGAGUCCUUCACUGAGAAUGAUUCAAAACUGCUUUUGGAAGAGAAGUCAGCCAUGGCCAGGGGGGGUCGGUGUGGAGAGUGUGAGGAGAAGGCAGCAGCGGCUGCUGCAGCAGCUGCAGCUGCAGCCUCUCGGGGGCGAUUUGGGGAGAGUGAAGAAAAAAACGCUUCCUCCCAAGGACAGUGUGGCAAAUGUGAUGAGAAGUCUCCUGUGCCCCGGGGGCAUUUUGGUAAAGAUGAGGAAAAAUCUACUGUUUCCCAAGGGCAAUACAGCAAAGCUGAGAAGUCUUCUGUCACCCAGAGGCGAUACAGCGAAGGCAUGGAAUUAUGGAGGGGGCAGCUGAAGACUCCUGAGCCCCUGAAAAGCAGACUCUCCGAGGAAUGUGAAAGGUUAUCCCGGCGCCACAGCGAGGGUGACAGGACACUGUUGAGGCACUUCAGUGAGAGUAGUGAAGAUGAGGAGGAGGAGGAACCUGUUAGCCCUUGCUCAAAUUCUCCUCCAGUUCUCACCAAACCAACGUUGAAGCGAAAGAAGCCAAUUCCCCGGAAAAGAAGAGUCCGUAAGCGCAAAUAUCACAACAGUAGUGUUGUGACUGAAACCAUCUCAGAAACCACUGAGGUCCUGGAUGAACCUUUUGAGGAUUCUGACACGGAGAGGCCCAUGCCUCAGCUGGAACCCACCUUUGAGAUGGAGGAUGAGGAGGAUGAGGAAGAAGAGAGUGAACUAUUUCCUAGAGAAUAUCUUCACCGCCUCUCACAACAGGACCCUUUCAGGCAUAGGCCCUCCUCCAAGAAGGGGGCUGAAGCUGGAGAAGAGUCUGAUGAUGCCGCUGGUUCUCCUACCUUGAAACCAGUCUCUGUGUUGAGAAAAUGUGAAGUGAAGGAUUCUCCACUGCAGCCAGACACUUCCACCCCCAUGAAAAAGAAGAAGGGCUGGCCCAAGGGCAAAAGCCGUAAGCCCAUCCACUGGAAGAAAAGGCCUGGCCGCAAGCCGGGCUUCAAACUGAAGAGGGGAAAGGUCCUAGUGCCUGCCCCUGAAGAGGCAGCUGAUCCCAUAGAAGGAAUUUCAAAACCAGGACGCAAACCCAAAGUGCAGGAGGAGGAGCCUGUUGAGCAGAAGGAAGAACUGUUGCCUGUGGUGGAAGAAAGGAAAGAAGAAGGUGAGUCUGUGGAAGUUGGGGAGCUGGGAGAAGAAGAGGAGGAAGAUGCCCCUGCCAGUGAGGCAAGAGUAGUUUCUCCCAUAGAUAGCAGCAACAGCCCAGCAGCAGAAGUUAAAGAACCAGAAAUGGAGGAAGAAGUAGAGAAGCCACAAGUCCUAGAAGAGCAGCGACAGUCUGAAGAAGAGCAGCAGGAGAUGGAAGAACCUGAGCGUGAUCAGGAAGAGGAAGAGGAGGAGGUUGCAGCAGUGGCAAACCAGAAUGAAGACCAUGAUGCAGAUGACGAAGAAGACGAUGGCCACAUGGAGUCUGCCAAGAAGAAUGAACUGGAAGAAGAGGUCAUGAAAGAGGGGCUGAAGGAAGAAGCAGAUGUCCAGGAGCCUUUUUUAGAAACAAGCACACAGGGCAGUAGGGAAGAGGAUGUCAAGAAUAAAAGUGAGGCAGAGGCAGAUUCUGAGGAAGAGCAGGCAUCCCACGAGACAUCAGUGAACUCAGACCCUGUUCCUGGCUCUGAAGAUGAUCAAGAGGAAGAGCAGCAGACUAAAGAGGGACUAAUUGAACUCAAGGAAGAGGAACAGAUUCCUCACAGCGAACUGGAUCUUGAAACCGUCCAAGCCGUGCAGUCCUUGACACAGGAGGAAGAGAACAAUGAGCACGAGGUGGCCUACCAGGACUGUGAGGAGACCCUCGCAGCUUGUCAGAACCUGCAGAGUUACACCCAAGCCGAAGAGGAUCCUCAGAUGUCAAUGGUUGAAGACUGCCAGGCUUCAGAACACAACAGCCCCAUUUCCUCUGUCCAGUCUCACCCUAGCCAGUCUGUGCGCUCCGUCAGCAGCCCCAGCGUGCCGAACACUCUGGAGAGCGGCUACACCCAGAUAAGCCCAGAGCAAAGCUCUCUUUCCGCACCUUCUAUGCAGAACAUGGAGACCAGCCCCAUGAUGGAUGUGCCUUCCGUAUCGGACCACUCUCAGCAGGUGGUGGACAGCGGCUUUAGUGACCUUGGCAGCAUUGAGAGCACAACGGAGAACUAUGAGAACCCCAGCAGCUACGACUCCACCAUGGGGGGCAGCAUCUGCGGCAACAAUUCUUCGCAGAGCAGUUGUUCCUACGGAGGCUUGUCAUCCUCCAGCAGUCUCACCCAGAACAGUUGUGUUGUCACUCAGCAAAUAGCCAGCAUGGGCAACAGCUGCAGUAUGAUGCCCCAGGGCAACGUCCAGCCCACCACAAACUGCAAUAUCAAGUCCCCACAGAGCUGUGUGGUCGAAAGGCCUCCAAGUAACCAGCAGCCGGCAGCGCAGCCACCACAGCCGCAGCCCCCGGCCCAGCAGCCCCAGCCCCCGCCUCCAGCACAGCAGCAGCAGCAGCAGCCUCCAUUGUCUCAGUGUAGCAUGAACAACAGUUUCACUCCAGCGCCAAUGAUCAUGGAAAUCCCAGAAUCCGGCAGCACUAGCAACAUAAGCAUCUAUGAGAGGAUCCCUGGGGAUUUUGGUGCCGGCGGCUACUCUCAGCCAUCAGCCACCUUCAGUUUAGCCAAGUUGCAGCAGCUGACCAACACCAUUAUGGACCCUCAUGCCAUGUCGUACAGCCAUUCUACUGCUGUGACUUCCUAUGCAACCAGCGUGUCUUUGUCCAACACAGGUCUGGCUCAGUUGGCUCCAUCUCACCCAUUGGCCGGGACACCCCAAGCACAAGCCACCAUGACACCCCCGCCAAACCUGGCAUCCACCACCAUGAACCUCACCUCGCCCCUCCUCCAGUGUAACAUGUCCACCACCAACAUUGGCAUCCCCCAUACCCAGAGGCUUCAGGGGCAGAUGCCAGUCAAGGGGCACAUUUCCAUCCGCUCCAAAUCGGCACCCUUGCCCUCUGCGGCUGCUCACCAGCAGCAGCUCUAUGGCCGCAGCCCUCCCGCAGUCGCCAUGCAGGCAGGUCCCCGAGCACUAGCUGUUCAGCGUGGCAUGAACAUGGGAGUGAACCUGAUGCCAACUGCCCCGUACAACGUCAACUCCAUGAAUAUGAACACCCUGAAUGCUAUGAACAGCUACCGGAUGACCCAGCCUAUGAUGAAUAGCAGUUACCAUAGCAACCCAGCUUACAUGAACCAGACAGCCCAGUAUCCUAUGCAGAUGCAAAUGGGAAUGAUGGGGAGCCAGGCUUAUCCCCAACAGCCUAUGCAGCCAAACCCUCAUGGGAACAUGAUGUACACUGGCCCCUCCCAUCACAGCUACAUGAACGCUGCUGGGGUGCCCAAGCAGUCUCUCAAUGGACCCUACAUGAGGAGAUGAGCAGGAUAAACUUGCAAUCUUAAAACUGAAAUCUCUCUAUAAAUAAAGGAACCUUUUAUACUGACAAACCAGAGACAAUGGACCUUUUUCCAGUUAAAUAUUGCUGUAGAUCUUAGAUGGGGUUUUGUUCCCUUUCAGUUUAUUUUAUUUUAUUUUGUAGGGGGCCUGGUCUUUAUUCUUUCCGAGUUUUUUUUUUGUGGGGUUCUUUUGUUUUUGGGUCUUUGUUUUUCCUUCACAAUCCUGAAACACUUCACAGUUCAAAUCCAUUUUUAAAAUGGGGUUUGGUGGUUUCUUUUUGUUUCGUUUUUGUUUUCAGGGAGGGGAUUAAAAACGUGCACAAAAUCUUUUCAUAAGUUCAGACAGAGCAUCACUUUGCUGACCAUCCCAGCAAAGUGCAUUGUAAAAUGGUCACCUUCUCACUUUCGGAUGCCAUGUCCUUUCUCUCUCUCUCCCUUGUGCACAGCUCCCAAGAUGGUCUCAUCUCUAAAGGUCACAUUUCCCCCCUCCCCUACUUCCGUCUUAACCAAGAGGCUCUAAUGCGGUGACUGAGGAUGGGGCACAGACCCCAAACAAGCUUUCCAAUCCUAACAAAGCCGCUUUUGCCGCUUCCCCCAGAAAUAGGAACUCUGAACGGUUUAUUCUUCUCCAGCCCUCCCCGUCUCUGAACUGAAAAUUCAGUUUCGACUUGUGCCUGUUUCUUGCACAGCCUAGACAGGUUUUAUUAGUAUGACACAGCAACAGCAUCUUAAAGGAUAACAAUAUGCACCUGUUGGGGUGGGGGAGAGAGUGGGGCUCCACAAGCAUUAGGAAUUAAAGGUGGCUGUGCUUAAGGGCUGCAGAUCUGAAGGCCCCACAUUACUUCUGGUAGCGUACCCUUGGAAGAUGAAGUGUACAUUGAAACAGAUGUUUGUUCUCGCUGGCCUGUGACUAGCAUGUACGGAGAAACAUCUGGGCUUGUUUUGCCUCCCCCCCCCCUUCCCGGGAAGAAUUGCAUCACUGUGUUCCCGCACCUUGUUUGUUCAUCCAUUGGGGUGUCGUUCUCAUCUUUGUGUAUAAGGGUGGGCGGGGGAGGGCGGGAACAAACAUCAGGGAGACAGACAGGGCAGGACAAGUCCAGCCGGUGCAGUCCACCCAUCCUGUCAUGAUCUAAGGGUUGCCAGGCCAGUGGGCACGCCAUCGGCUACAAGGAGAGGGAAAACGUAGCUUAUCUUUCUAUUGUAAAGUUCUCUCUGUAUAUUCCUGUAGAGUUUACAGAUGCACUUAGAUUGACUUAGAUGUGUAAAGAGAUUUUUUUUUUUCAAAGAAACCUGAAAGGCAGUUGCGGGUGGGGGUGGGGGUGUCAGCUGCACUAAAACGGACUUCCUCUUAUACUGUUGAGUAUGAAAAGGCAGAAUUCCAAGGACUUCCAGCCCUCAUUUUCUCUUAGUUCUUGAGCAUGUGUACAAGGCUGUGUAGGACCCAAGUCCCUGUAUAUAUAUAUAUGAUUCCAGGCUCACCUUUUCUGUGUUAAAAGGCGACCCUUCGCUGCCCUCCCCUUCCCAAAUUGUCUGCUCUGGCAUUGCUUCCUGGUUGCAGGUGGGGCAGGGUGGGGCGGGUUUGUCGGGGUGUUGAAGGCAAAGCUGUCGAAACGAGGGCCGUGAAUUCUUUUUGGUUCGUUUUGUUGGUUUUUUUGUCUGCUGUUACUUUUUUGGUUUUGGGUUUUUUUGUAUGGUUUUUUAAAAUCAGUCGGGCAGCUCCCUUUUUUUCCACAAACUUUUGUGACUGUAGACCUAUUGUAGAGAACCAAUGUUCUUUUCUAUAUUAUAAAAAAAAAUUAUCCAACACAGUAAUAUUGGUACCUGUCAUUUUUUUUCCACUUCUGUUUAAGAAAAAAAAAUAAUGUAUUUUUAGCAAAAUAAACUUGGGUAAACUUCUAAAAGAAAUUUAAAAAAAAACUCACUGUUAGUGACUUUGAUGCCUUUUAAAAAAAAGAGCUUUUUCAUUUCAUUCCAUCUUUAAAAUUUUUUAUCUUUGUUGUAGAAUAUUAAAGACUAUUUUAAGAAAGAUGAAAAUUCUCUUUAAAGAGAUCUCUAGAGUGUGUGACUAGAGCUCCAGAUGCCUCUAAAGCCGCAUGUACAAAAUGAAGCCGCGUCUAUUCCUGUCUGUUUAUAUUUGCUUUUCCUGUUUUGUAACUUCUUUGUACUUUGUUCUUGGUGACUUGUAAGCUUAAAAAGGGGAAGGGGUGCCUGGAUGAUUUAAAAGAAAAUCCCUUUGUGAUUCUCCAUGUCAUGCGCUCCUGGGCCGGCCGGCCUCCCUUCCUCUCCUUGUAUGUAAUAUCACUUUUUCCCUCCCCCCUUUCUAGCAAGUACUUUCAAAAGAACUCUGUACAUUUUAACAUAAAAAAAAUAAAUUAUGUUGAGCCAUUUUGGA